UCUACGGACACUAAUUUUUCUUUAUUAUGACAAAGAGCUUAUGCUUUACUUACUUAAAAGUGAAAUCAUUGCACAGUAUCUGAUUGAAAUCAUAUUUGUAUUAAAAUUUCUACUGUCGAAGAAUUGUGUAACCUUUUACCUUUGACCUUUCACUUGCAAACAAAGCUCUAAUUUUCAAAUGGACCAAGCCAGAGAAUCGGAACAGAAAGACGAGGACUAUGGUUAUGGCUUGUUCCCGAAGAGAAAAGAAGGGAAAUAUAAGAAAGGGUCACUUGGAGAAAGCCUGUUCACUUUCCACAACAAAUGUCAAGUAAUGCUGCAUUUUGCGUUGGAGACGAGUCCGUAUGCAAAAUUCCUACUCGGUGUCAUGAAACAAUCUGGAUGUGCUGCAUAUAAAGACCGUCAUUUUGCCUGUGAAGACUGUGACGGGAUUGUCAGUGGUGGUUUCGACGCGGCUACUUCUCAAAUUGUUUUGUGUCAGAAUAAUGUUCACCGGCAGUCCCACAUGAACAGAGUGGUCACCCAUGAACUUAUUCAUGCUUUUGACCACUGUAGAGCCCAUGUUGAUUGGUUCAAUGAUUUAAGACAUUUGGCCUGCUCAGAGAUUCGGGCGGCCAACCUCAGUGGAGACUGCUCUUUUGGCAAUGAGCUUUCAAGGCUUAAUUUCGGGGUCAAAGGACAUCAUCAGGACUGCGUGCGGGACCGUGCACUGCGCUCUAUCCUGGCCGUGCGGAAGGUGAGUCCCGAAGAAGGAAAGAAGGUGGUGGAUGAGGUCUUCGACAGCUGCUUCAACGACCACGCGCCCUUCGGUCGGAUCCCACACAACAAAGACUAUGUCAAAUUCUCUUCCCAUGAUUUUCAGAAUAGAGAUCGAUACUAUUCUAACCUAUAAGGAAGGGAAUGAGCUGUUGCGCGUACUUCACUGGUGCUUAUGCAAUAGACAUGGCUGAUUGUCUACCUUAUUCAUCAGGAGCCCUCAGCAGAGAUUCUGUGCAUGUAGCUGGUAUAAUGGGAUCAAUGGCACGUGAAGAAUCCUGAACUGGGGUCACUCGUUCCAGGGAAAUUGACUUCUGUCUGUGAAUGUGCGUGUAAAUAAAAAAACAAAAAACAUUUUAAUUAUAUACCUUUUGUAGAUUUUAUAUGGCAGUUUUUGACUUGGUGUGUUCAUGCAAAUUAUUUUGCGAAAGCGGAAUGAUGAUUCAGGGAUAUUUGUGUUUUAAGAAAAAAGAAUCCCUAGGAUUUUUUCAGAGGAAUGAUUUGUAAGAGACUUUUUAAAAGACGCAUGGUCAGUUUAACUAUGCUGAUUUAAAAUGUACCCCAGCAUUAGUGACCUCACAUCAAAGCCAUUAUUUAAGAAGUGUAUAAUUUAGCUUUUUUUCUUUUGGUAUCUGUAACACCAGUGAAGCUACUGUGUACAGGUGUUUGUGUGUGUGUGGGGGGGGGAAUCUACAUAAGCGUCUUUGAAAAGGCUGACAUACUAAACCCUGGUGCUGAAGGUACUUGAACUUGAACCAGGAAAAAUUAGACAUAUUUCUGUUUACUUUGAUCACCCUAGACUUUUGUAGUUUUUCAUUUCAAGUCGAAAAUUACCUCCCUGUAGUUUCCAGUAACAUAAUUUGCAGUCAUGUUAAUUGACUAGUAAAUCUAAUAAAUUAAUAAUAAAUGUUGCUUUUCCAUAUGUUAGAGAGGGAACUGUGGGUAUGGAUGGGUGCCAAACUGGCCGUUUAUUUCCUGUGCAGCAUCUAAUAAGAUGCUUGCAGAAUGUAUGAAACAGUAGAUGGCGUUGUUUACCUUUCAUUCUUACACCCGGCUGCCUCAGUGGAGAGAUAAGAAUUGCUUUUGCUGUUUAUUAUGCCCAUAAACAAAACGAGGACUGUGAUAUCGAUUAUUAAGAUAUAUUUUCCAUCAAACACGAAUCCUGGUCAGGGUUGUGGGUCAGAUGUUUAGCUUAAGAUUUAUUUCAAAUUCAAACAAACUCUACAACUGGUUGGCCUAAUUUACUAAUAUGGAAAAUUACUUGCUCACAUAUCUAUAGAAGAAGAGUGAUAUCAAGGCAGUUAAUCUGAUUGAAUUCAGCUAAUCAUGGAUAUCUGUGUUGGCCUGUAUAUAACAAAUUUGUAAGUGUACAAAACACAUAUUUUAAAAAAAAAAAAAAA